UUUUAUUCUCCUUUCAUCAUAUCUUUUUCUUGCAUAUGCACAAUGAUUCUUCCUCUCCUUAGUACUUCCAAAUCCUACCAACCCAUUUCUAUGGUUUUUUCUUGGAUGUCACAAUCCAAAAUUUAACAAACUGAAAAAUAAUAAAAUAAUAAAAUGGAGAGUUCAAUGAAAUUAGGCAUGAUGGCUGUUUUUGCAGUUUCUGGAAGCAUGGUUUUAUUGGCUCAUCAAGUUCAUAAACGUAUGCUAUCCAAUUUCAUGAAGCAAUUUGAAAUUGAAAUGGGAGGUAAUGAGAAACAUAAUGAAGCAAAGAAAAAGGUGAGGUUUGCAAAAAAAAUGAAGGGAGUUUCAAUGGAGAACAAGAGUAGUAAUAAUAACAAUAGGGAUGAGAGAUUGGCUCAAAGGGUGAAAGCUGAACAAGUUUGGGUCAUAGAGAAUGCUUUGAAAUCUGGUUGUGUGAAAAAAUUGGAGGACACUAUGCCUCCUAAUAGGGCAGUUUUAUAUAGAGGGAUUAUGAAUUAUAGGCAUGAAACUAGUAGUGGAAGAAUUCGUUUUUGAGUUUUUUUAAGAACUAGAAUAUGAUUCAUGAGAAUUUGUUUUUAAAUAUUUAUUUUGUGUGUGCGCGCGCACGCGUGUUUUAAAGAUUUAUGUAUCAUAAUACCUCUACCAUUGUAAUAUAUGACAACAGUUUCAAUAAAUAUGUGUUAUACAUCUA